AUGAGCAUCGAAGAGAUUCUGUCCCUGUCACCUUUCACUGAUAACGAUAGAAAAACCAUACAUCUGCAGAUAGAAGAAGACAGUUUCAUGACAUCCGAUAAUCUAUCAGGACGCAAGCUCUACGAGAAAAUCGGCAGCCCCAAAACAGUGUUGGCGCCCAUGGUGGACCACUCAGAACUAGCUUGGAGAGUCCUCUCCCGCAGAUACGGCGCCGAACUCUGCUUCACCCCCAUGUUUCACGCAAGGCUAUUUGCCACAGACGAGAAGUAUAGAAAGAAGAUGUGGGGGGACAUGGACGGCGACCCAGAAAAGGACAGACCUUUGGUGGUUCAGUUCUGUGCCAACGACCCAGAUUACCUACUCCAAGCAGCUAAAUUGGUUGAAGACCGCUGCGACGCAGUGGAUCUAAAUUUGGGGUGUCCGCAGGGAAUAGCGAGAAAGGGGCACUACGGAGCGUUCCUCAUGGACGACUGGGACUUGGUGUAUAAGUUGAUCAAUAAGCUCCACAAGAACCUCAAGUGUGCGGUGACUGCGAAGAUAAGAGUGUAUGAUGAUUGGGAGAAAAGUUUGGAAUAUGCCAAAAUGGUGCUUUCUGCUGGCGCACAAUUCAUCACCAUCCAUGGCCGCACCAGAGACAUGAAGGGCCAGAAGACUGGGCUUGCAAACUGGAACAUCUUGCGCUACUUGAGAGACAACCUUCCCAAAGACCAGGUAUUCUUUGCCAACGGCAAUAUAUUAUAUCCUUCUGACUUGAAGCGGUGCACAGACGAGGUUAACUGCGACGCUGUGAUGUCCGCCGAGGGAAACUUAUAUAACCCGGGUGUUUUCUGGACCAAAGACAACGACAAAGAGAAACAAUUUCCCAGGGUUGAUAAGCUUUUGCGAGAGUAUUUUGAAAUCGUGAAGGAAUGUUCAGGAGAAGCAUCGAGGGUGGCCAUGAAGUCACACUUCUUCAAGCUCAUGUAUGAGUUUCUUAAUGUGCACAAGGAAUUAAGACCAAUCAUUGGCCGGACAAGCGUGAGUGCUCCUUUCGAAGAGUGGGAAAAGAUAGUGCAACAAGUUGAAGAGAUCGUGGCGAAGAUUUACGAAAAAGAGGACAUCGAGAAACUAGAUCAAAUCAUAGAUGGUCCCACCGAGGCUUGGGGUGGACAUUAUAAGAAAGUGCCUUACUGGAGGUGCCAACCGUACUUCCGUACGGUGAAUGGUGAGAAGCAGAACAUGAGGGAGCUCGAAGUGGCUGCUUCAAACAAAAGAAAGAACGAAAUUGAAGAGGAAGAUAGGAAGAAGGUGAAAGUGAGUGCUGCCUAA